AUGCCAACCCAGCCUGGACCACCACCACCACCGCCAGUUGGUGACGCGUCCUCUCAACCACGCCUGUGCGCUGUACCUGGAUGUAAGUUCACACGGAUCGCACCAGAUUGCGAAAACUUAUGUUGUCGCAAGCAUUGUGUUGCCUUUGGUGGGUGUUCUUCGAAGACCCACAAGCCCACCCCUGCCGAAAGUCAGCGAAACAUGGCAAUUGACCCUGUCCUUCGAGUGCCACCAUCCCAGCCUGCCAAGGCUGGCCCUUCAGCAGUACACUCGGCCCCUACUCCUAGCCCCAUGAUCUCACUCAACGUGCAGGCGCCUACUUCUUCUGGUGCCACCUAUACCCCUUCACAGGUGCCUACUCCCGCCAUUGCCCACGCUUCUUCAGAGGGACGUUCGUACCCCUCAAACAAGGGUAAAGAUCGGGCACUGCCUCCAUCAGAGGUUGACAUACAUGCCAACCCUCGUUACCCAUCGCAACUCCCACCUGUUUUCACUCAGUGCUAUGCUGAACAAGAACAGCAGUUGAAGGCAACGGCGCACCAAGCUGCCGAGCAGCGUAAUCUCGAGCAUCGCAUGAAGAAUACUGUGGAAGUCUAUGGAUGGUCAAAGGACGGUGCAGAGGUGACCAUGUGCGAAUUUCAAGAAGGCAUCACCCUGCUGCAAUUCAAGGUGACUGCACAAGUACUUCGCGCGCUUGGGCUGUGCUCUGGAGACGAUGCAGAGGCUCAAGUCCAAUACUUCAAUGCGUCGAGGAGCCGAUGGUCGACAGUCCAGCAAGGGCACGCGCUCAUGCUCGACAGCCGUCAAGUGUACAUGCGGACCAUAGGUGUUACAAUCACUCCCGAGUUCGACAACAUCUUCGAAAGCAACUCUCUUCAUGUUGUUCCCAAUAUUCGCACCAAUCUCAAAGCUGAGCGCGCUGCCGUUCGUCUGUCCAACACACGCACACAGCUUAGGGCUGCUAGCAUCGCAGCCUCCGAUUCAGAGGAUCCAGAAGAUAUGCGGAAGCGUAAGCAUUCAGGUCACUCACUGCGAGGCAACGCUCGCCGUGUGCGCACAAACACUGCUGGCUCCUCAGCUGUUCGUCCAUACUCGCCUGCAUUGAUCAUCAAACAUGAGCGCACACUUCUGACACCACGUCGGUCAUUCUCAAUACCAAACUCGCCUCCACUGGCAAUAAAACAUGAACACACUGUGGACGCUAAUUUGCAGGACGUGAUUGAGCUAUUUUCCGAUUCUGGCUCCGAGGUCGACGUCAACAUCACUCCCCGUCAACAUGUGCCACAUCCAAGUCGACAUCGUUCACUGUCGUCGGACAGUAGCCACAGUGCAUCAUCGGACAGCGGCAGCCUGAGCGACCCCUCUACUGUAUCUGAGUGUUCAUCACUGUCUGUCGUCCAGUACAAUUUGACAGCUAGCAGAGAGAAAGUGGAUGAUACUCGGUGA